AUGGGAUUUUCAAAUCGAGAUCAUUUGUUUACGAGCACGAGCGGUAUGAAUGGUGCGACACUAGAUGGUUAUAGUUAUGCGAGGGAUGCUAUUGAUUUACCGACGGUUACGACGACUGUGACUGCAGGUGUGGUUGUGGGAGAUAUAUUGGAUGAAGAACAGGAAAAGAAAAUAGAGGGCUCGGGAAUGGAAAUGGAAAUGGAGAGACGCGGAUCAGGAAACCGAAAAUGGCGAUUACGGUUGAGAGGGAUCAUGUGA